AUGCUGGAAGAGAGCAGCCGCGAGCAACGAGAACAGGAGCAGGAGCCGCAGCUGGAGAUGCCGCACGAGCAGGCCCGGGCCGUCGCCGCUGCCGUCGAGGAGAAGAACCUGGACGGCGGCAUCGAGGAGGAGAGCAACGCGGGGCAGAGAUUUGUCGGUGGGCCGGGAGAAGCAUGCAGGCCGAAGGAAGGAUGGCAAGAGGAGGACGCACCUGGCGGCGCUGGCGAACUCGUAGAGCUUGCCGCGCGGGGAGAAGACGAUGAGCCCGACCUCAGCAUCGCAGAGCACGGAGAGCUUGAAGGCCUUCUUGAGCAGCCCGUUGCGGCGCUUGGAGAAGCAUUCGGGCAGUCGUCCACCAGCCCAUUUGGCCAGACCUCAUUUGGAACUCCGCAGGGAUUCGGCCAGUCUUCCACUGCUGCCAACAAUCCCUUUGCCCCAAAACCGGUUGGCAGCCCAACGACAACUUUUGGGGCACAGACUGGAAGCUCGCUCUUUGCAACUACAUCCACUGGUGCCUUUGGCCAGCAGCAAUCCACUCCCGCAUUUGGCACAACAUCUACUGGUGCCUUUGGCCAGCAGCAAUCCACUCCCACAUUUGGCACCCCAUCCUCCUCUCCGUUUGGGAGCUCCACACCAGCCUUUGGUGCAUCCCCCAGUCCUGCCUUUGGUGCCACAUCCUCUGCCAGUCAAGAUCCUUUUGGGAGCACGUUCCAGCAAACACAACCAACAUUUGGCAGCAGCACUUUUGGUUCAUCAACUACGCCGGCGUUUGGUACCACGACUACGCCUGCAUUUGGCACAACUACGCCAGCCUUUGGCACCACAACUACACCUGCUUUCAGUGCAUCGACUACCCCAGCAUUUGGUUCAACAUCAACAUCUUUAUUUGGUGCUUCUAGCACACCAGCAUUUGGUUCUACAGCCUUUGGUACAUCUUCUACUGGUUUUGGAACUUCAGGGACUACUGCAUCUGGUGUGAGUAGUACUACUCCAGGUUUUGGAUCUUCAAGCACACCUUCAUUUGGCACAUCAGCUAGCGCAUUUAGUUUUGGUUCUUCACCAUCUUUUGGACAAACAACAGUUUCCUCUGGUAGCACUCCCUUUGGAACAACUCCGUCACCUUUCGGUGCACCAGCUCCUGCAUUUGGCUCACAGACAGCAGCGCCAGCUUUUGGACAACCACAAUUUGCUAAUCAAGCUGGAGGAACCAGAAUAAAACCUUAUUCUCAAACACCAGAUGUUGACAGUGCUACUAGUGGUACUCAGCCUGCUGCAAAACUUGAUUCCAUAUCAGCAAUGCCUGAAUACAAAGACAAGAGUCAUGAAGAAUUGAGGUGGGAAGACUACCAGCGUGGAGACAAGGGUGGACCAAACACUUCUGGAACUCCAGCAGUGGCACCUAGCUUUCCAUCAUCAAUGCCACAGAAUGCUUUUGCUUCGACAAGCAAUCCCAAUCCAUUUAACCAGCCUGCCACAAACCCAUUUUCAACAAACAAUCUAUUUGCUCCUAAGCCUGCUUCAACUAUUACUUCACCAUUCAGCACCUCAUCAUUUAACAAUGUAUCAGUUGCAAGUUCGAGCCCAUUCACAUCAUCCAGUAGUACCACAAUGUUUGGGCAAACAGGUGUUUCUACAUUUCCAGCAAUCAACAUUUCAGCCAUCUCCCCCUGCUCAAACUUUGAACAUAUUCUCCUUCCAACCUGCAAUUCAACCAGAACUCCUAGCCAGUCCAGUAUGGUCAUGCAGCCUGCUCCUGUUUCAAAUCCAUUUGGGACGCUUCCAGCAAUGCCUCAGAUGUCCAUUGGGAAUGGUGGAUCUUCACCUUCAGUUCAAUAUGGAAUAUCAAGUUUGCCGGUUGCUGAGAAGCCUCUUCCAAGUAGAUCAUUGUCCAUGGCAGUUCCUAGGCAUUUGUCACAGAGAAGGAUAAAACUGCUCCCGAGAAAAUAUAAUCCAAUAUCUGAUAGCAAGGUUCCAUUCUUUGCUGAUGAUGAAGAAUCUCCAGCAAGACCGAAGGCGGAUGCUUUUUUCAUCCCUAGAGAGAACCCAAGGAAUCUGGUAAUUCGUCCAAUUGAGCAGUGGCCUUCGCGGAGAGAAACUGACUGGCAAUCGACUUUGAAGAAUGCCACUGAUUUGAACAAAUAUGAAGACGUGAGGUGCCUGGAUCUGGAGUCAAUCGUGGAGUUCAACAACCGGGAGGUGAUUGUGUACAAGGACGACAACAAGAAGCCCCCUGUGGGUGAGGGGCUGAACAAGGCCGCGGAGGUGACUCUACUGAACAUCAAGUGCGUAAACAAGAAGACCAGGGAGCAGUACUGUGAGGGGGCAAGGGUGGAGAGGUACAGGGAGAUGCUGGUGAAGAAGGUGGAGGAGCAGGGCGCAGAGUUUGUGUCCUUCGAUGCUGCCACGGGAGAGUGGAAGUUCAGGGUGAAGCACUUUAGCGCCUAUGGGCUUUGGUGA